GAGCGGAAAGGUUGUACGCGGUGAAUCGCCCAUCGGAGAAAUCGGGAAAUCUAUUAUAAUGUUAUAACGUUCGUGUAUCGAGUGAAGAUAAUCAAAAAAGCCCCCUAACAGAAUUGUCGGUUUGCUACUAACGGCUACGAUAAUCCCCCUGUUUGUUAAAAGAAACAAAUUUUGUGAUUUUUCUUAAUCCAUUACACACAAAUACAAAGCAAAAAAAAAAUUAAGUGCAAACUCCAAUACCAAAACAAAAAAAAUAUAAACGAAAUAGAAAACACCCAAAAGAAUUAUUCAAAACUUCAUUGGGUGGAAACUAAACACAGAAGAAAACGCUAACGAAAUGUACUCCGUCAAGAUCCAAGUGCACAAAGUGGCAUUCGCAGCGCUCGGCUUGCUUGGAUUUAUAUCUGCACAGUCGGUGGGGUCCAAAGAUCUAUUCAGAUGCCGCCAAAGUUGUUAUCAAAAGUUUGUCCAAGAUUGGCAUCAUUGCAUGGAUUUCGAGGAUUGUAAAAAUAUGUGCAUCACGCCACCAAAUAUCAAUAGUUAUAUCCCAGAAGCAUUCAGUUUUCUGUGCUGGAACAACUGCGAUCAACAAUUGGGUCCUUUUCCCUUGAAUAUCAACUCAGCACUGCGCCAAGGUUCGCUUGUGAUAACUGACAUUGCCUGGGAUCAAGCCAUCACGAAUGCAUCCAAGCAAUGUUUGGUUACUUGGGAGGUCUCUGGAGGCGGUCUAAUGGGCAACCUAUUGACUGAUAGUUCUACUGUUGAAUUAUCCCUCUGGUCAGAUACGGUCUAUCACGUACAAGUUACGUGCAAGCACAAGGAAACCGGUGGCAUGCGACGUUCAUUCAAAUUAAUCGUCGAUACCCACAAACUGGGCGACAGCUCAGCUACGAGCAUGCAGGCCAUUUCCAUGGAAAGCCAAUUCGGCAACAAGCACCUGCCCGUUGUCUACGGAGCCGAAAAUAUGCCGACGUCACCAAGCGAAGCAGAAUCGAGGUUGCGCAUUCUAAAAGACAGCUCCAAAGAUUUUCUGACACCCUACAAUCCCAGCGCAAACGCUAAAGUGAAAACGACUGACAGUGUGAAUCAACAACAGCGCACAAUUGACGCCGAAGAGAACGAAGUGGCACCCCAUGACAGCGUAUUACGCACCAAGCUGGUAGCAGCGCCCACGAGUAGCGAUUCUCUAAGUUUUGCUAGUCACUCCUUAAUUAUGGCUGCCAUAGGAGCUGUAAUUGUGGCCAUGGCCUUGGCCGCGCUGUAUCUGAUAAUGCGUCCCGCCCGCAAACAAGUACCUCAGGUAGUGUGUCCCAUUGACAAGCAGGUUUUGAUCCACACAGAAAUCCUGCCACACCAAGUGGCUUUGCAGCCUGCGCCAGUGCACCAAUCCUCUCCAGCGGCGACGAAGCCCGCUGUUCCAGACCAGCGCUCAACUCUUCAUGUGUAAGUGUUCGCCAGCGCACGAACGCUAAAUGCAACCCUGUACAAAAUGUAAAUAAGCUCGGUGAACCCGCUGCGGUCACCUGUAAAUACCUAUCCCCUAAGUCCUGUGUAAAUAUUGCGUUUGCUUUCAAUUCGUCGAGGGCGUGUAAAGUGUAAUGCACAAUGAAGUGGGCCAAACUUGUUGCCCAUGUUACCUGACAGCGCUAACUUGAACGCGAAUACCUAUAGCUUUUUGUUGAUUUAUUUUAAGUGUAGCCAACAUAGGAUUCGGAAUGGUCUCCGGCUCGACUUCAUCGAAUUUGUGAGUGAGACUUCAGUGUGUAAACUAGACUAUAAGGAAUCUAGUCCAUUUGGUGUGAAUGCUGGCGCGAAUGAAUGAUGAAUGACUCCUUAAUCCAGAGAGCACGAAUGUGAUUUAGUUUUCGUUUGUUAAUUUAAGCAACCCUAUACUCCUCCGAUGUUCAGUGCUGGAAGGGAGAGAUGGACGCUCUCCAACUAUUUUUAUUUUUACUCCAAUCGCAGCUUAUUUUGCAUUUGGUUGGUUCUGUUUGCCGGCUUCUCCUGUAUAAACUAAGCCCAUGAAAGAAAUCAAAAAUAUCUUCCAAUUAGCAAAAGAUAUUCGCAGAAUACGUAUUUGUAAAAUUAGAAAUGUGACGAAAUGUCACGCCUGAACAUCCCUCUAGCAAUAGUGUCGACGUAGGACAUUAGCAUUUAUUUAGUUCAACUUAGUACUGGUCUGUGCGGUACAGUGUAAAUACAGCCACUAACAGGUACGGUAAAAUGCAACUCUUCAGAAACUAAAAAUACAAAUUAGUAUGUAACGUAAUGUAACGCAAAGAAACGAAACGAAACAAAUGUCACAUUUUGCGAAAUGUCUACGUGUGUUCCAAAAAGGUCAAGCAAUCCGGUAAUGUUCGUAAGAGACACACGUUUCAAGACUGACUGAUAAUAACUACCCCUCUUACCCAUCCCUAUCCAUAUGCAACUAUUCCUCUUACUCCCCCCUCCCUCCAACCGUCACCGGUUGUAGAUUAUCCCAAUGCCAAACACUUAUUUCGCUUUGUGGUGCAGCCCCUGGGGCUAACCGCUGUGCUUAGUUCAAAUCGAACCGAAGUUUAAGAAAAUGCUAUUAACUGACUACCUAUUAAGCGUAAGCAUAAGAGUAAGAAGCAUAAUUCAUGUCUCAUCAACAAUACCAUUGUAAUUAGUAGUUAUAUUGUACCUAAGUAAUAUCGAAUUGUAUAAUUAACUUUAAAAUGAAAACAAAAAAUACAAAA